AUGAUUAUGGAUGCCCUUGGGAAUGACCCACCUAACAUGGGUGGUGGAGAAGAGAGUCAUUUUGAGGAGGAAAAGCCAAAUCCUCAAGCUAAGAAAUUCCUUAAUUUGUUGGAGGAAUCUAAGCGUCCUUUAUAUGAAGGGAGUUCCAUGUCUGUUCUGGAAAUUGCAUCUAGAAUCACAAGUUUGAAGUGUGAGUACAAUUUGCCUCACAUGUGUGUGGAUGGAUUUGCUUCUUUGAUGAAUGAAACAAUUCCUGACAAUAACAACAUGGGAGAGGCAUUCUACGAGGUUAAGAAAGUAGUUAACGGGUUAGAGCUUCCUCAUGAGAAGAUACAUGCCUGUCCAAAAGGUUGCAUGUUGUUUUGGAAGGAUGAUGUGAACUUGUCCAACUGCAGAGUGUGUGGUAGCGAAAGGUAUAGCAAGACUUCAAAAGGAAGUUCAGUGCCCUUGAAAGUGCUUAUUUAUUUCCCGAUUACACCGAGGUUGCAAAGGUUGUUUGCAACAAAGAACAUUUCAGCAGAAAUGACAUGGCACGCCAGUAAUCCUAGAGUUGCAAACACAAUGGCUCAUCCUUCUGAUAGUGAUGCUUGGAAACACUUGGACAAGACCUUUCCAGAAUUCGCCCCAGAACCUAGAAAUGUGAGACUUGGAUUGUGCACCGACGAAUUUGCUCCUCACGGUAAGUUUGGAGGACAAUAUUCCUGUUGGCCAGUGAUAUUGACACCAUAUAACUUGCCUUCUUCAAUGUGCAUGAAAAGACAAUUCAUGUUUUUGUCUCUGCUUGUUCCUGGUCCUAAAAACCCAAAGGGCAACUUGGAUGUCUAUAUGAAACCACUGAUUGAAGAACUUAAGCAAUUGUGGGAUGUUGGGGCAAACACCUUUGAUCUUUCUAAGCAGCAAAACUUCAUUAUGCGGGCUGCCGUACUUUGGACCAUUAGCGACUUUCCAGCAUAUGGUAUGCUAUCUGGAUGGUCAACUGCUGGUAAGAAGGCAUGUCCGUACUGCUUAGAAAAAUCCAAGGCUUUCUGGCUCGAUCAUGGUGGCAAAGUUUCGUGGUUUGAUUGUCACCGACAAUUUCUUGAUCUUGAUCACCCGUUUCGAAAAAGCAAAAUAGCUAUUUGUAGGAACAAAGUUGAAAAGGGGUCACCAUCGCAUAUUAUGUCUGGGCUAGAAUUAUGGGAAUGUGUUAAGGACCUGGCAAAGGCAACUGAUGGUCCUGCUGCUCUGAAAUUGCUUAAAAAGGCCAAAAAAGGUUGGUUUAAGCAAAGCACUCUUUGGGAGCUUCCUUAUUGGAAGCACUUGCUUAUACGUCACAAUCUAGAUGUAAUGCACAUCGAAAAAAACUUCUUUGAUCAACUCAUUCAUACGGUGAUGGAUGUUAAAAAGCAGACUUGUGACACGAUCAGUGCUCGAAGAGACAUUGCAAAAUACUGCAAGAGACCUGGACUUCAUGUUGUAACUGAUGAAAGAGGUAAAAAGACCAAACCGAAGGCACCAUUUUCCCUCGACAAGUCUCAGAAAAAGGUCAUGUGCGAAUGGAUUCGAGAGUUACGGUUUCCUGAUGGGUACGCUUUGAUUCUAAUUUGA